CAAAAAUGCUUAUAUUAUCAUAUAUUUCCAUGGUGGACAAUUUAAUUUUCCAUCUGCUACUUUUGAAGAGUAUUUUUCAGAUUGUACAGAAUUUAGAAUGUGAUGAACGGGGCACAGAAAGGACAACGAUUCAUGUUGAGUGGGACACAUUUCCUGAAGGGCAAAGUCCUGACUAUUAUUUUGUGACAUUUGAAAGCAAUCACGAUGGAAAUAAACAGAAUUCAUUGAAAAAAACACCUAGUCAUCAGGUUUAUAAUUCUUCUAUACUAUUGGAUGUCUCUGAUGAAAGGCAUGUUUACAAUCUUACAAUUAAGUCAAUGAAAGAUGGCAACAUCUUAGCUGUCAAAUCUCUGAUAACAAAUACAAUCAAUCUCUCUGAUAUUACCACGCUCAUAACAAGCACAUCUGUGUCUUUUAACUGGAACAUGCUACGUGGUGAUUUUUAUGUGACUAUAAUAUUAAAUAAGGCCACACAUUCAAUGUCACUGAAUGAUGAAUUUUAUGAAUGGGAUAAUUUGAUUCCUGGAAACAUGUACAAUUUUGUUUUUUUCUUCAAGCAACGUUUGGGCAAUAUAAAUGUCUCCCAAAGUAUCGAUGUUCCAGUUGAAACAGGGCUCUGUUCUGAUGGCUGGUUGUCAUUUAAGAACAGUUGUUAUAGAAUUGUUGUUGACAGUAAGGAUUGGGAAAAUGCUGGACGCAGCUGUGAGAUGUUAUAUACAGGAGCCCAUCUUGUAAACAUACAUAGUGGCGAGGAGCAUCACUUCUUAUCGUCCUAUCUUCGUAAUAUAAAUGAAAUAAUAUUACUGUGGAGUGGGCUGGCUGACAGAAGGGUUGAAGGAGAGCUUUUGUGGACAGAUGGAUCAUUUUAUAAUCUAGACAAGGCUGAAGUGCACUUGUUAUCAACAUUAUCACAAAAUGAAACUGACUGCUAUGCUUUACAACAAAAUGCCACCGGACCAAAUUAUUUUUAUACUGCAUUUUUUUGCCAAAUGGACUUGCCAUACAUUUGUGAAUAUGAGUUACCACUAAUUUCAGAAAAUGUUACGUUUGCCCUGGAAGAUACAACAGAAACGGAAGUUAUCUUGAAGUGGAAUAAUGCCCCUAACUGGUCUAAGUUAGGUUAUUACCCUCUCAUUAAAUAUUUUUCCAGUGGGACAGAUCCACAAUUUGAAAAUGUGUCUCCAAAUAUGACUGAAAAAUCAAUCCACAGUCUAUUUCCAGGCCACAAAUACAGUUUUAUUUUUUGUAUGAAGAAUAAACUUGGGACACAGCUUAAUCUAAGUCCAGUUCUUUCGAAAAAAACACGUCCUUCACCUCCUAUAAACCUGCGUGCUAACUCUAUAUCAUCAACAAGCAUAGUUUUAGAAUGGGAGCCACCAGGAGAUCCAUUUGGUAAAUCUUUUUGUGGAUACCUAUUGACACUUUGGGAUGUUGAAGAGAACACAUUUGUAACUUUCCUAGAGCCUCAGAAUAUUACUUCUUUAACAAUUACAAAUGUGAAACCCUAUCAUGAAUACAAUAUUGUGUUGCAAACUAUGACUGAGGGCGGAAAACUGAGUUUUGGGAAAACCCUCUCUCCAUUAAUAACAGGAGUUAGUCCUCCUCAAGGUAUGUGGAUCGACCCUGCAGAAGUGGAAGUAGAUUAUUUGAUUCUCCACUGGGAACCUCUACCACAAGCUGACCAGUUCUGCAUUCAAGUAAAAGCUCUCAAGGAUCCUGCAGAAACUGUUGUAUAUUUUUCAAAUAAUACAAAAAAGAUGAAAAUUGGCUCACUAGAGCCUGGAAUGACUUAUGAAAUAGGAAUGUCUGCAGUGCAAAAUGGGAAUAUGAGUGAAAUGAAAACCAUUCAGCAGACUCUAAGACCUAGGCCCGUAACUUUAGUGAUUCCGUUUGAACUGAAUACACAUACAGUAGUCUUGUUUGUUCAAAUGCCUGAUUUAGGUGUAUAUGAUGGUGUGAAGAUUAUAUGCAGAAGUGAUGUUAACAGAAGCAUGUCAUUUCCACUGAAGGCUGAUGGUAAAUACACAAUUGAUAAAUUGAUCCCAGGCACGGAUUAUGAAUUCAGCAUUCACACACAAAGUAAAAACAUGCUGAGCAUUCCAUAUGAAUUAUCUGCAGUCAAAACCUGUCUUGCCAGCCCAUCUCAUGUGCAUGAAGGUAUGGUAACGGAAACCUCCAUACAGAUAGUUUGGGAAAGAGCUGAAGGAAAUUUCCAACAAUAUGAAAUUAUAUGUAAAAACUGCUCUAGCACAUAUAUGGUGCAAAAAGUAGCCCAAGAGGAAGCAGUGUUUCUGCAGUUAAUGCCUGGCACGGUUUACUCUUUUUCUGUGCGUACAGAAAAGGAACAAUUCAAAGACAGCCACCCUGUUACAAUACACAUUCAGACAGUUCCAAGUCCAGUGGAAUACAUGAAUUGCACAAAAGAUUCUGGGUCAAUAACUGUCAGAUGGUCACUAGCGUUUGGACAGAUUGACAGCUACAUUAUUUUCUUGGAAUCUGAGAAUAUCAAUCGAACUGUAGUAUUACCUCCCACAGAAAGAAUGUACAGAUUUAAUGAACUUUCGCCUGGAGUGGAACAUUUAAUCAAUAUUGUGACCACUUAUGGACCCAAGAAGAGUUCACCUACUGUAGUAAAUGUCUCCACAGAUCCUGAGCCACCAUCAGAGUUACAAGUUUUUGCACAAGAGGAGCGCUCAGUAUAUGUGUCUUGGAAGCUUCCACGGGGAAGGUACCAUCAUUUCCAGUUGACCUACCAAGCAAUCAAUGACAAAGCCACCCACAGGCUAGUGAUCACUGGUAAUGAAUCAGUAGUGAAAAACCUCUCUCCUGGAACAGUCUACAGAUUUCAAGUUAGGACACUCAGAGGGACAGACGCAAGUUCCCCUAUUGAGAAAGUAAUUACUACAAGGCCUCCUGGAAUUUGUGGUCUUAAUGUGAAGGCCAAGAACACCUCUUCAGCAACUUUAGAGUGGAAUCCAGUUACAAGCCAUUUUACGCGUUAUAGAAUCGUGCUUUCAAACCAUACGUUGGUCAGAGAGUACAAUGUUACUGAUGCCGCAACAGAGUACACCGUGUCGCAUUUAACCCCUGGCGGUAUUUAUAAUGUCACAGUUCAGCGGAUUAAAGAGGAUACUGAGGGGGCUCUUGCAUCAGUUCUGCUUGUAGUAGAACCUGAAAAACCAUUAGAAGUUCGAGCCUUCAAUAUAUCAUCAGAGUCCUUUUCAUUGUGCUGGGAGAAACCAUACGGACUGGUUGAAAGAUAUCGAGUGGAUCUUUUUCCUCCGCAUGGCUUUGUUACCGUCAGAGAUCUUGGAGGUGGGGAGUAUCAGGCAGAUGUAUCCAGCACUGCUCCUGGUACAACGUACGCCGUAACUAUUUCUUCUGUGUCAUCUUCAGCACUGAGCUCACCUGUUAGCAAGUCGGUGAUCACCAAUGAAACCAUUCCAGGACCACCUUUGUUCCUAGCUGGAGAAAGAGUUGGCUCUGCAGGAAUACUCCUGUCCUGGAAUAUACCUCGAAAUCCAAAUGGAAAACUUCUGGCCUACUAUGUUAUUUACAGAGAAGUUUGCCCAUGGGUACAGUCGUCUUACACAAGCGUAACAACGACACCUGACAGCCUAGAAGUUCUUUUGACAAGUCUGACCCCUGGAACUACAUAUGAAAUAAAGGUGGCUGCAGAAAACAGUGCUGGCAUUGGGGCAUAUAGUGAACCAUUCCUAUUCCAGACUGCAGAGAGCGCUCCAGGAAAGGUUGUGAACCUGACCGUAGAAGCAUUAAAUUCUUCGGCUGUAAAUCUAACCUGGUUUCUGCCUCGGCAACCACACGGAAAGAUAACGAGCUUCAAGAUCAGUGUUAAGCAUGCAAGGAGUGGGAGUGUAGUAAAGGAUACAACAGUGAAAGUGGAAGAUAUUUUGAAUGGGGCUUUGCCUGAAUGUAACGAUGAAACUGAAUCUUUUUUAUGGAGCACCACAAGCCCUCCAUCAACUCGUGGGCAGCUUACGACCACGGCUUCAUAUGUAUCAAGAGCUGCUCUGUCUAGAACAUUUAACUCCAUAUGGAAUGAGCCAAUCACUUUUAUAGUGGGUCAGCUCAGACCGUAUACUACAUACCUGUUUGAAGUAUCAGCUGUUACCAGCGAGCCUGGAUACAUUGAUAGCACAAUUGUCCGGACACCAGAGUCAGUCCCAGAAGAUCCCCCACAGAAUCUAAUGAAAGGCAACAUCACAGCAAGAUCUUUCUCUGUCACUUGGGAUGCACCAACCAUUGUCACGGGAAAGUUUAGUUACAGAGUUGAGCUAUAUGGGCCAACUGGCCGUAUUUUGGAUAACAGCACAAAAGAUCUCCGGUUUAUCUUCACUAACCUUACCCCAUUCACGACCUACGAUGCAUUCAUCAGUGGGGAAACAAGUGCAGGUGUUGGGCCAAGAGCGAACAUAUCUGUUUUCACUCCAGCAGAAGUACCCAGUGCAGUGUCUGACUUAAAUGCAAAAGAAGUUGAAGCCAGUUUUAUAACAAUUGAUUGGCGAAGACCACAGCAACCAAAUGGCAUCAUUACCCAAUAUCGAGUAAAGGUGUUGGUCAAAGACACAGGAAUGGUCACGGAGAACACCAUUCUCACGGGAAAAAAUAAGGAUUCAAAUAGCAUGGAGCAUCUGGGUUCAACCACAGUUAACGAAGUUAUGAGAUCACAAUACUUUGGCCAAGGACAAGGAGGAAUAACUGGGGUUUAUGAAGGAUCAGGAGACAUCUUUUCCACAAUGCCAUCCAUGUCCUCUGUGACAUUUUAUACUGGUACUAAUGGUAACAUAGAUUUCGAGAACAUACGCUAUGGCAUUGAUAUUGAGGCUGAACAGCUGACUUAUAUGGUUGAGAAACUGACGCCGUACACAGAGUAUAUGAUUAGCGUGUCUGCUUUUACCACUGUAGGAGAAGGACCACCAACAGACAUUGUACUUAGGACCAGUGAACAAGUUCCCAGCUCAGUGCAGAAUAUAAGAUAUCAGAAUAUUAGCUCGACAUCUGUUAUGGUCUACUGGGAUCCCCCUUUAGAGCCAAAUGGAAUGAUAACUCAUUAUACAGUUUAUGCCAUGGAGUUACAUACAAGUAAAGCAUUCCGUCUGAGUACCAGCAACAACAGCAUCCUCAUUACAGGUUUAAAAAUGUACACUGACUACAAAAUGCGCGUUACAGCAUCUACAACAGCAGGAGAGAGUUCUUUGUCGGAAGUAAAUGAUAUUUUUGUGAGAACUCUUGAAGACGUACCGGGAUCACCACCGCAGAAUUUAGUUUUAAUUGGAGUUAAUGCCACCGGAAUUACUUUGGAGUGGUCAUCUCCUUCAGAACCCAAUGGAAUUAUUACACAGUAUGAAAUCAUUUGCACUAAUUCAACAACCUUAUUUGUUCAGAACACCACAUCAACCUCAUACACCUUAAUUGACUUGAACCCUUACACACUCUACAAUAUAUCAGUUCGGGCCUACACUAGAUUUGGGCAUGGAAACCAAACUACAUCUGUGCUGUCUGUAAGAACAUCUGAAACAGCUCCCAGCAGCCCACCGUACAAUUUGCUCUACAGAAAUAUUUCUUCAACAAGGGUGAUGAUUACUUGGCUACCGCCACUUUAUGCAAACGGAAUUAUACUUUUUUAUAAAAUAAAUUAUUGGAAUUCCACGCACUCUCUGACAAGCAUUAGUAAUGAUUCUUUGAUUAUUUUAUCCGGCCUGAAGAAAUAUUCACAGUAUCAGGUGGUUGUAUCAGGCCACACUAUACAUGGAGAUGGAAAUCAAACCAGUGACAUUCUGUACAUGACCACUAUGGAAGAUGUUCCUGAUGAUGCACCUCAUAACCUGUCCUACCGAACUCUAAACUCUACUUCCAUACAGCUGUUUUUCUAUCCACCUUCCUCUCCCAAUGGGAUCAUUACUUAUUACUCAAUAACAUGUUUAGGAGCAGAUGGCAGAGCUUUGCAUUUCAAUAGUAGUAGCUGCUCUGUGAUUGUUAGUGGCCUCAAAAAAUAUGGCGAUUAUGCUGUCGCGGUUAGAGCAAGUACAUCCAUGGGAACUGGAAUGGAGACAAGUAGCCCGCUUUUUGUAAGAACUGAUGAAGAUGUACCCGAUAGUUCACCAGAAAACAUAACCUAUAGAAAUAUAUCAUCGACAGAAAUAGUAGUGUCAUUUUCUCCACCCCUUAUGCCAAAUGGCAUCAUAAGGUAUUAUACAAUAUACAUUGCAUGGCUGAAUGGAACAAUGGAGAGAACCCUAAACACCACUAAUCUUUCAGCGAAUGUAACUGGUUUGAAGAUGUAUACCAGGUAUAUCCUUAGAUUGUCUGCUAGUACAAUCAAAGGGGAAGGCAUUCUCAGUGUACCAUACUACAUUCUAACAGAAGAAGAUGUUCCAUCAUCUCCCCCACUUUCACUUUAUGUAAAACAGUUAUCCAGUAGGGUUGUGAAGUUGUCAUGGAAACCACCUCUUGAGCCAAAUGGGAUUAUACUUUUCUACACUGUCUUCAUUUGGAAUGACGAAUCUAAUAAAACUAUCCGUGCAGUAGACACAGUGGUAGAGUUGAUGGACCUGGAAAACAAUAAGGAAUAUAAUACAUAUAUUACAACAAGUACAAGAUUUGGAGAUGGCAAUGUAAAAAGUAAUACUCUUAAAUUCAGGACUUCUGAAGGAGCCCCCAGUGAUCCACCAAAAAAUGUGUCAUACAGAAACAUAACAUCUACGUCAAUAAUGGUCUUUUGGAUUCCCCCAACCAAACCAAAUGGAGUUAUACAGUAUUACUCCGUCUACUACAAGAAUGUCACUGACACUUACAUGAAGAAUGUAACAGAUGAUGACAUAAGCAGUGUUGUUUAUAACAGCGCUUUGUCUGCUAUUAUUGAUGGUCUGUCCAAAUAUAGUCAAUAUAAUUUGUGGAUGACUGCGAGUACUGCAUAUGGUGAUGGAAAUCAGUCAAGUGAGGUGAUCUUCGUUAACACGGAACAGGAUGUCCCUGAAACCCCACCCAUCAUCAAUUACUUCAAAAACAUAACAUCUACCAGUGUUCUAUUAUCCUGGGAUCAACCAGUGCAACCCAAUGGUAUUAUAACUGGUUACAACUUACAGAUUUAUGGACCACAGGGAAACUACUCUGUAGCUACGUCAAACACCUCCACCAUCUUGAAGGACCUAAUGCCGUUUACACGUUUUUUCAUGUAUCUUGCUGCAAGAACUGUUAAAGGAACUGGUCCUUCUAGCCAGCUUGCUUUCCAUACAGAUGAAGCAGAACCAUCAACCCCUCCUCAGAACCUGACCUUUAUCAAUGCAAGUGAAAAUGCUGCAUGGUUGAAGUGGAGUCCAAGUCUGAAACCCAAUGGUUUUGUGCUUGUUUACAGUUUUAAAGUUGUUGAAAACAGCAGCCAAUCAACAUUCUUUCAGAACAUAUCAGGUGAGCACACCCAAGCAAGUCUUACUGCCCUGGAACCUUUUAAAACAUAUCUUGCCAGUAUAUCAGCUUUCACUAGAGUCGGUAACGGAAACCAAUUCAGCAAUACAGUUAGCUUCACAACAAAGGAAUCAGCUCCAGACUCUGUCCAGCAUGUGCACUGUGUUGCAACAAGUUGGCAGUCAGUUUUAGUCCAGUGGGAUCCACCGUUACGGCCAAACGGAUUGAUAACACAUUACAUAUUAACUUUCCAAAGCAUCACUACCCGGGUCUCAUCAACUGACAAUGCCUACACAUUCAGAGAUCUGUUGUCGAAUUCAACUUACCAUUUUACGGUCAAAGCUGCAAAUUCUGCUGGUGAAGGCAUUGAACAAGUAUGCAAUGCCACUACAAAGUCUGAAGAAGUUCCUGGUGCACCAAGGGAUAUCACACUCACUAUAGUUCAGUCUACAAGUAUAACUUUGCAAUGGAAUAGACCAGACAAUACAAAUGGCUAUUUAAGAAGCUACAGAAUAACAACGCAACUGCUACGUAUUGAAUGCAAUGACUGGGAUAAUGAGGAAUGUAUCCAUAAUGAUCAGAACUUCUAUUCGUAUGAUGACGGUUACACCAUUGAGAAGACCAUUUAUGGCUUGAAAAAAUUCAGAAGGUAUAGAUUUAAAGUUAGCGCCAGUACAAGUGCGGGAUAUGGUGCUUCCUCACCUUGGAUUCAGAUACAAACAUUAUCUGGUCCUGUAGAUGGACCUCCAGAAAAUGUUACAGUAAUAGCUGUAUCCCACGAAAGCCUUAAUAUCAGCUGGAAUUCGCCUUCAGUCAUCACUGGACCAACAUCAUUCAUAAUUAAUGUCUCAUCGGUCUAUAGUGAAGAAUAUACAAAUGUGUUUAUAAAGGGGAGUAAUGAAAGUCAAAACAUUGUGGUGUCCGAGCUCAAACCAUUCACCAUGUAUUCUGUAGUAGUGACUGCCUUCACUGGAGACUUACAGUUGGCUCUCAUUGAGGGACAGUCAAGCAGUGCAGUCUUUGCUACCACUCUUGAAGCAGUGCCCAAUGAUCCACCAAAAAAUGUAACUAUUCAGAAGAUUCCAAAUGAAGUUACGAAGGUCCAGAUGACUUUUAUUCCUCCAGCGGAGCCAAACGGGAAGAUUCAAGUCUUCCAAGCGGUUGUCUCCAAAGAAAAUGACCCUAGUUUUUCUCAGAUCCAUAAUCUAAGCAUCGUUGAAAGUACCAACGAUUCUGUCACAACACUGAUAGAAGGGCUUAAAGGUGGACACACAUAUAAUAUAAAGGUAUAUGCAGUGAAUGGCGCUGGAGCAGGACCAAACGUACAGAUGAAAAUCACAACAGACAUUAAAGCACCUCCAAAACCUAUAAAGAAACCUGUGCCUAUGUAUGAUACAAGUGGCAGUGUAAUAGCUACCUCAACCACAGUGACCAUCAAGAUGCCAGUAUGCUACUUCAGCGAGGAAAAUGGCCCAAUCAAAAACAUUCAGAUACUUGUUUCAGAAAUAGGAGCUCAGCAUGAUGGGAAUAUCACAAAGUGGCAUGAAGCGUAUUUCAAAAAACCUAAGCCCUAUUUUACAAGUGAAGGUUUUCCAAACCCUCCGUGCCUAGAUGGCAGACAGCGAUUUUUCAGCAAAGAAGAAAUAUAUGUCAUUGGGGCUGACAACACAUGCAUCCUGCAAGACAAUGAAGACAAAUUCUGCAACGGGCCCUUAAAGCCAAGAAAGCAGUACUUGUUUAAAUUCAGAGCAACAAAUAUAAAAGGCCAGUACACAGAUUCGGAAUAUUCGGAAACAGUCAAAACAUUGGCUGAGGGGCUAUCAGAAAGAGCUGUGGAAAUAAUCCUGUCCGUUACCCUGUGUGUGCUUUCUGUUAUUCUGCUUGUGGCAGCCAUCUAUGCCUUUGCAAGAAUUAGACAGAAGCAGAAAGAAGGAGGUACCUACUCUCCACGGGAUGCUGAGAUAAUCGACACUAAAUUCAAGUUGGAUCAGUUGAUCACAGUGGCAGACUUGGAGCUGAAGGAUGAGAGAUUAACGCGAUAUUCUUCAUUUUUCUUUAGACGAAAGGACAUAUAUGUCAUCCAGUUACUUAGUUAUAGAAAAUCUCUCAAGCCCGUAAGCAAGAAGGGUUUUCUCCAGCAUGUUGAAGAGCUUUGCACAAAUAACAACCUAAAGUUUCAAGAAGAAUUUUCGGAGCUUCCAAGGUUUCUUGAAGAUCUUGCUAUUUCAGACGCUGAUUUGCCAUGGAACAGACCAAAGAAUCGCUUCACAAACAUAAAACCGUAUAACAAUAACAGGGUGAAACUCAUUGCGGACGCUGGUGUGCCAGGCUCGGAUUACAUCAAUGCAAGCUAUGUGUCUGGCUACAUUUGUCCAAAUGAGUUUAUUGCUACGCAAGGACCACUUGCUGGAACUGUGGGUGAUUUUUGGAGAAUGGUUUGGGAAACCAGAGCAAAGACAAUUGUCAUGCUGACACAGUGCUUUGAGAAAAGCAGGGUGAGAUGCCACCAAUACUGGCCAGAAGACAAUAAACCAGUCACUGUUUUUGGAGACAUUGUGAUAACAAAAGUAGUUGAAGAUGUUCAGAUUGACUGGACUACUCGCGACUUAAAAGUGGAAAGGCAUGGAGACUUUAUGAUGGUCCGUCAAUGUAACUUCACUUCUUGGCCAGAGCACGGUGUACCAGAAAACACAACUUCUUUAAUUCAUUUUGUAAAGAUGGUUCGAGCGAACCGGCCUCAUGAAAACACACCAGCUAUUGUACACUGCAGCGCGGGGGUUGGAAGAACAGGAGUUUUCAUUGCAUUGGAUCAUUUGGUCCAGCACAUUAACCACCAUGACUUUGUAGACAUUUAUGGGCUCAUAGCAGAGCUAAGAAGUGAAAGAAUGUGCAUGGUGCAAAAUCUGGCACAAUAUAUAUUUUUGCAUCAAUGUGUUGCUGACUUACUAGCCAGCAAAGGCAGCAAUCAGCCUGCAAUAUGUUUCUUAAAUUAUUCUGCUCUUCAGAAAAUGGACUCUUUGGAUGCCAUGGAGGGAGAUGUAGAGCUUGAGUGGGAAGAAACAACAAUGUAACACCUUAUGGGAAUUUUUAACUGACAUUGUCUUCACCGUGUUGCUGGAGCCAAAGAGUUCCCAUCCAUGGACAAGAGUUGCAGAGAAACUAAAUAAGUCAAACGUUUCACUAUUGCUGUGCCUUAAACUAUUGAUGGUAAUAAAUGUAUGUGCACUCGGUAAAAAGAACAUUAAUACUUCCUUUGCACUGCUACAGUCGGAGAAGCAUAAUGUACUUAAAGGUGACACAUUAUAUUUUGUUUUACUUUUUAUCUUCAAAGAGAUAAAACAGAGCCAAAUCUAAUGUAAAGUAUUACUGUCCUCUGUGUGGAUAUUUCAGUUUGGCUUUUAUCAUAAUUUUGUUUUGUUUUGAAUUAAAAAAGAAAAAAAAAUAUAUCACCUUC